CCACCUUCAGAGAUUACGUUGAAUUAAAAUUCGAUAACUAACCCACAAUAGUAGACAGCAGCCAUCAGUCCUGUCAGUAGCCAUACAAAAGAUUCUUGUAGAAUACUUAUUGGUUCUCAAUUCUUCUGUAUUGCGAUUCAGAUGAAAACUAGCGAAAUUCCGCUAGUUGAGAAGUGUGAUUGUUUAAUGAAGAGGAAAAUACAUUGAAGAAAUUGAAUGUAUGGUAUUUACUACCAUGGAAUAUUUCCUGACACAGAAAGGAAAUGAUGCUCUUCUGUACCAAGGUUAUGAAUAUACCAAGUAUAGGGAGAAUGGGAAUGGAGUGAUCAGCUGGAGAUGCAGAUCUUACUUUGGCACCAAAUGCAGGGCAUUCUUAAGGACAAAGGAUGAAAAUGUCAUUGGAGAGGUCCCACAACACUGCCAUGAUUCUAAUCCGCAGAAAGCACAGGCAAACAUUUUAAAGUGUAGGAUGAAGCUAAACAUGAAAGAAGUUGGUGCAACUCCAAAGAUAGUUAUAGGAGAUAUCCUAUCUGAAGUGAAUACAGAUAUUUUAGAACACUUGCCAAAGCUGUCCUCACUCUCACGAAAUCUCCUGAAACAUAAAGAACCUGCUCAUGUUCCUUCCAAUGAUACAGAUUGUAUUAUCCCAAAGAUGUUUGCCGAAAUGAUUUUGUAUGAUUCAGGAGCUGACGAUCCAGAAAGGAUAUUGGCAAUUGGGAAUGAGGAGCUGUUUUCAGAAUCAAACAAGGAUGUCAUUUAUGGAGACGGAACAUUUGACAAAUCACCUAGCCUACUGUAUCAGUUGUACACAUGGCAUGCUAAGAUUGGCAAUUCAUAUCCUCCGUUCAUUUAUUUUCUGUUGCAAGAAAAGAAUAUUGACAUAUACAACAAAAUGUUUGCAAUAUUGAAACAUUUGAUACCCGACAUAAAACCUCAAACAAUUUUCCUGGACUUUGAUAAACCAUGCAUGUCUGCCGCUCAAGUUGCUUUUCCAGAAGCACAAGUAAAAGGGUACUACUCUCACCUUUGCCAGAGUUUAAUCAAGAAGAUUAACAGUACUGGCUUGAAGGAAAGAUAUGCAUCUGAUAUAGAUACAAAGUUGGUGCUGAAGUCACUACCUGUUCUUUCAUUUGUGCCAAUAUCAGAUGUAAAAAGUAUCUUUGAUCAAUUAGUUACUAUAUUUCCAGAUGAGGAUAGCUACAAUGAGAUUCUCGCAUAUUUCCAUUCGACUUACAUCGAAGGAGUUGCAGGAAGAUCGCCUAUCUUUCCAAUAAGUAUAUGGAAUCAUUUUGAGUCAGCUGCUGAGGGAUCUAUCAAUACAACAAAUUGCUGUGAACAGUUUCACAACGUCUUGAACUCAUUGUUUCAGAGUAAUCACCCAAACUUUUGCAAUCUCUUAGAUGGAUUAAGACGAGAUAUAAGUUGCCACCGUUCACUGUUAGCCAACGUACAAACGGGUCGUCUGGAAGUUAAAAAGAGGAAAAAGUCUGAGACAAUUAGUAAUCAAGUGGCAAUAAUUGUGCAGGAUUAUGAAAAUCAAGUUGAUAAAUUGAGGUUUUUACGCCGAUUAGCAAACCUGCUAUGAUUUUGUACAUAGUUAUUUACCCAAUUGGUUUCAUGAAGUAUAUCAUUUACUUAUUAAAGGAACCUGUAUUUCAUUAUGUAAAUAAAACCCCUGCGUUUUUGUUUUGCACCUUUCGACGGAAACUGGCAUAUGCUAAGCGGAGGAUUGUCGUGCUUUAAAGAAGAAAA